UGUUCCUCCCAGACUGCUCAAGCACUAACAGUCAGAACUAAUCAAAGGCACUUGCAUGGGGAGAGCUAUUGGCCUCUGAAGAGUUGAGCCGGUUUUGGCCAGCUUUGAGCCUUUUUACCCUGCUCUCCUUUUGUUUAGAAAAGUAUAAACUCCUGAAGGCAUUAACUUUAGGUUUCCCUGGGAUCUAACCAUGCCUGCAGAGGCUUUAAUGUACUCCGUUUUUACUUCUUUGGUUUUGAUUAUCCUCCCAGUUGUUCAACAAAGUUUUUCCCAGUCACUGAGGACUGCCUCUGGUGUUUGCAAGCUCUCUGCAGAAUCGUCUGAAAGGCGCUGCAGAACUCCUGAUGGUUUGAUUUGCAGUGGCAGAGGAGAAUGUGAUUGUGGGAUAUGCAUAUGUCAAGUAACUGACCCAGGGAAAUAUUACGGACCGCGUUGUGAAUGCCAUGAAUGGGUCUGUGCAACUUACGGUGGGAAGACCUGUGGUGACCAUGGAAGGUGCAACUGUGGACAAUGUGUCUGUGACAAUGGCUGGUUUGGGGAUGCAUGCCAGUAUCAGAAGGUCUGUAACCUUUCCAAAAAGAAAAGCAACGAGUUGUGCCGGAACCCCCAAGGAGUGAUUUGUUCCAAUGCAGGUACAUGCCACUGUGGGAGCUGCAUGUGUGGAAGCACACAGGAAAAUGGGAUGAUUUAUGGUCAGUUCUGUGAAUGUGAUGACACAGAAUGUGUAGACGAUGAAACUGGAGAGAUAUGUGGCGGCCAUGGAAAGUGUUACUGUGGAAACUGUUACUGCAUGGCUGGUUGGCAUGGAGAUAAAUGUGAAUUCCAGUGUGACAUCAGCCCAUGGGAGAGCAAAAAGAGAUGCACGUCUCCAGAUGGCAAGAUCUGUAGCAACCGAGGAACCUGCAUAUGUGGUGAAUGUACUUGUUAUGAUGUGGAUCCUACAGGUGAAUGGGGAGAUGUUCAUGGUGAUACCUGUGAAUGUGACGAGAGAAACUGUCAUUCAACGUAUGACAGAUAUGCAGAUGAUUUUUGCUCAGGUCAUGGUCAGUGUAACUGUGGGAGGUGUGACUGUAAGGACGGCUGGACUGGGAAGAAGUGUGAGCAUCCAUUGUCCUGCCGUCUAUCCUUGGAGGAGAGCAAAAAAAAAUGUCAGGGAAGUUCAAAUAUGCCUUGCUCUGGAAGAGGAAAGUGUCAGUGUGGCCAGUGCACCUGCUUCCCACCGGGAGAUAAAAGAGUUCACGGAAAGAACUGUGAGUGUGAUGAUCGUCAGUGUGAGGACAUUAAUGGAGAGACGUGCGGUGAUCAUGGCAUUUGCUCAUGUGGGCGGUGCGUCUGCCAAGACGGUUGGUUCGGUAAACUCUGCCAGUUCGUUCGGAGUUGCAACAUGACCGAAGAGGAGAGCAGAAGCCUCUGUGAAACAUCUGAUGGGAUCAUGUGCACAGGGAAAGGCUCCUGUCACUGUGGGAAAUGCAUCUGCUCGUCUCAGGAGUGGUAUAUUUCUGGAGAGUUCUGUGAGUGUGAUGACAGAGACUGUGACACACAUGAAGGUCUUGUCUGUACAGGGAACGGAGUCUGUAACUGUGGGAACUGUGACUGCUGGGAAGAAUGGACUGGAAAUGCCUGUGAGAUCUGGAUUGGAGCAGAAUACUAAUGAGGUUGCAGAGGCAAUGCGAAAGACUGUUGUUAAGGCUGCUUAGUACAAUAGAGAAGCAGUAAGUAAUGUCAAUCAUAAGGAGAGCGAAUCACUUAAAACUUGAGAUAUACUUGAGAUAAAGUUCUCAGAUUUCUGCGUAUCAAUUGUAUAAUAGCAUUCCAAUUACUGGUUACAAAUUAUUAAAACUGCAGAUAUUAUUGUAAGCAAGUAACCCAACUGUUGAAGCUACAGUAUUUAUCCUGUUGUCUUUUUUGUUUAAAGAAACAUUACCUAGUAACAUGUGUAUUAUACAACUAUAUGUAUAUAAAACUGUUAUUUAGGAAUACUUACAUAAUCUGGAAGCUUAGAUGAUGGGAACUAAAUGGGUACAGUUCAGACAUGAAAUAUGAUUUAAAAUGAGACUGUACUGUUUUAGCCUGUCAGGUUCCUUGUGUACAAGGGUACAUACAGUACAUUUUAAUUAUGUGGUUUUAUGACCUAUCAAAAGGUUUAAAUAAAGUGGGAUGUACCCUACGUUUAAGCAAGAUAUCAUGUAACAUGUAUUUUUGUAAUUAAGAAAUUUAAUGUAUGUGCUGCUUGCUACAGCAUUUGCAUGGUGCAGAAUAUCCAUAUAUCCACAACUAGUUUCAUUAAAUGUAUAAAAUUACAUGGGUACAUCAUUAUAACAGGGUUAUUACAUACAGUCUAUCCAAUAAUUAGAAUAAUGUAACAGACAUUUUCUAAAGGAAGAACAAUAUCUCCAAUGAAAUUGCUUCUGUUAUGAGGCAACAUCAGUGGGGAUAUGAACAUUUUUUUUUUUUUUUUUUAAAUGCAAUGGACUUAAAAGAAAUUCCUUCUGUUCUGUUGUGAGUGCUAGAACAUCAGUGUCUAUUAUAAACAUGAAACACACACAUCAAUAAAGAAUCUUGUGUGCUGUGACUAUGUUGCCACAGGAUAUAUACCUUUAUCCUUGAAAAGAAGGUUGACAGUACAAAAAGAAAUGAAAGAUAAGGAGCUGAAAACAUCAAUCUACCGUGGCCUUUUCACACAAUUUAUCAUACACAUCAGUACCUCUCUGUGUAUGUUUAACCCCUAUGUUUGACCAGUGCAGUAUUGUACUGCAUAUUCUAUAGCAUUAAGUUUGUAGCCUAUGUUUAGUAUGCCUUUAUAUAAAUAGUUUUAUUCAAUAUGUUGUAUCUGUGUGUACAACAAAUAAACACAAGUAGUGCAGACAAACUCUUUGCAUAUAUGGAUGUAAAGUUAGCAGUACAAACCAACAGUUCUUUAUACACAUAGCCUACUACAUGCAGUUCAUCAAUGCCAUCCUCUUCCCAUGCAACAGAUGAGACAACAGACAAAUUAAAAGUAUUAACCAAAGCACAAAUAACAAAGCCCCCUUCCGCCUGGUAUGUUUAAACAUGUUAAGAAAAAACUGUUCAAAGACAACCGUUCAUAGGAAUAAACACCAUCACAGACAAUCCGUAGAAACCAAAAAGAAAAAGAACAGAGGUGUUACAUUUUACACACUAGUCAUUUACAAAAAUAAAUUCAGCCUUAAUUUACCCAGUCAACUGGUUUGCAGGCGAGUAUAGCCCAGCAUGUAGGGUUCACUGUUGAAAAUUAUGAUUUUGUAUUACGUGGACACGGGACACCAGCCCUAAAUAGAAUUAAAAUGUUAAAUUCCUUUUGUGCAUAUUACUGUAUUAUAGCAUUAAUGUAGCUUUGUAAAUACUUAAAUAGUACAUUUUAGCUAAUGUGCUUCACUUCUCCUAAUAAGAAACUAGCUCGUAAUUCCAUCAAGAUCGAGAAAUUAUACAUUUUCAAAUGAAUUCCUUAAUAUAUUUGAAAUUUAGCAGCACAGCAUCAAUCUAGCUUAUAACAAUAUACAAACUCUUAUUUAAUAAAACUAUUAUGAAAAUAAAUGAAGCAAGACAAGUUUAUACUGAUCCUUUGAUUCUGGAAAUUCAUCAUAAAUCAAUACAGAAAUGUCUAGAUGAUGCUUCAGAACAAAAAAGCAGUGGAAUGUUAUGUUUUGUUUGAUAUUUUUUUUAACAGAAAACAAACAUCACCACGUAAUAACCUUUAUACUAUAACGUGCCAAUUAAAAACAGAAUAACAUUUAGUUUUUUGUUAUGGCGAUGGUUUAAAAUGUUGCCACAGUUGGGUCCUCUAUAUAUUAAAAUAUUUGACUGUUAUUCACUAAAUUCAAUAAUGGGGCCUUAGCAUGCAUGUGUGUGGUUUUGAAAAAUCUGUCUGGGUACACAUACCCUUUACAGAAUGAAUACUAAAUGAAAAUGUAUUGAUCAGAACUCCCAGAGACUAGUGAAAAGGCCAAAGGAAGAGAUACGGUUUUCUCAAUAUGCAAACCAUAUUUUCAGUUCCAUUUUUCAAAUUGCAAAAAAAAAAAAGAAAAAAAAAGCAUUCAUCUGGUAGGUUAAGGAUAACCCAAUCAUGUAAAAACCGACUAAAACAGUGUUAAUUUGACCAUUUUUAAUAUGCUACUAGUCUUCUCCUGGAUGUGAACUGAUUAUGAGGCACCUUUAACCCAGCUUUGGGUACAUGUUUUUGCAUGCUGGGUUAGAGGUAUGCACAGGCACAUAGGCCAAUAUAAGAAGUACUGGACUCUGCAUGCUGAGCUAAAAAAAAAAAAAAUCCUCUCCUAUAUCUCUUAAUAUGUCUAGUUAUUAAAAAUUAUGUUUUUUUAUUGUC